AUGGAGCCACUGUAUGAGGAGUAUCUAACACAUGGUGGAACCAUUGUCAAACCUUAUUACUGGCUAAGCUUCUCUCUAGAUUGCACCAACUGCCCUUACCACAUUCGGACAGGAGAAGAAGCAAGAAUUCCCUACACAGAAUUUCAGCAGAUUUUUGGAUUCCCAUGGUCAACAUACCCUCAAGCAAAACACCUCACAUUUUAUGAGCUGAGAAGUUCCUUUGGGAACCUGAUACAAAAGGGUCAUGCUAGCAACUGCACUGGGAAUCACAACCACCCAGAAUCAAUGCUAUUUGAGAGGAACGGCUACCUUGACUCAGUCAUAUCUCAUAACAGCAACAUCAGACAUGUCAUUCUGUAUUCCAGCCACUCCCCUUGUAAUGAGGCUAAUCACUGCUGCAUCAGAAAAAUGUACAACUUCCUGAUGAUGUGUCCAGAUGUCACUCUUAGUAUUUUCUUCUCUCAGCUCUAUCAUACGGAGAACCAAUUUCCUACCGCAACAUGGAACCGUGAAGCUCUUCGGAGCCUGGCCAGCUUAUGGCCCCAGGUCACUUUGAGUCCAAUAAGUGGUGGCAUUUGGCAUUCUAUUCUCAACAAUUUUGUUAGUGCUGUUUCGGGAUCACCAGUUCUCCAGCCUUUCACAGCUGGAAGAAUACUGGCUGACAAAUACAAUGCUUACGAAAUAGACUCCAUAACGGGAAUCAAGCCUUAUUUUAUCGAUGUUCUUCAGAGCCAGCGAAAAGAGAAUCAGAACAUAAAAGUUCAGGUGGCUUUUGAAAAUCACCCCUUACACAAUGCUGAUCCUGGACAGCCCAUCCUGUGUCAGGACCCCAGGACUCCUGUUGUUUUCAUGCUGGUACCUUACAGAGAUCUACCGCCGAUCCAUGUGGGUCAAAACACACAGAAGCCCAGGAAUGUGCUAAGACACUUGGAUAUGCCUCGACUGUCAUCAGUUGAGGCCAAAGACCUUAGAAAACUUCCCUUAGCCAGGCCAGUGGAGGUGCUGGAAGCCACAAACGGGUCUGGAAGCAGCAAAGAGGAAAAUGAAGAGAACAAAAAGAAAUGGAAGAAAUAA